UCCGAAUAUUUCAAAACACAACCCAUUUUUCAUUUUUCUGCACUACCGCUUGCCAAAUCCAUUUUUGCUGCUUAGUUUCCUCUCUCAACUUCUCUAAAUUCAAGUUCGUUCUUCAAUUCUCUGCAACGACGUCGUAUCGAGAGGGACGAUGGCGGCUUCUCUAUCAUCGGCAGUCUUUGUGGUAUCCGUUCCGUCGUUGAAGGCAAAGAAGGGUAGACACUUAGGUUCCUUCAGCUCACCAAACUCUUUUCAUUGCAGUCCUCUCUCUUCUUCUCGGUUCCUUUCCAGAAAAUUUCAUUCAGUUCAAGCCACAAUUUUGCAAGAAAACGAGGAGAAAGUAACUGUGGAGGAAUCAUUUCAGUCAAACAGUUUCCCUGAAGAUGACAGUAAAGGAUGCAGUGGGGCGCCACAAGACAGUUCAUCAUCCAGUGUCUUGAAUAGAUGGGUUAUCAAGUUUGAGCAAUCUUUCAAUGUCUUUCUAACGGAGUCCGUGAUCAAGAUACUUGACACGUUGUAUCAUGACCGAGACUAUGCAAGGUUUUUUGUACUGGAAACAAUUGCAAGAGUUCCUUAUUUUGCUUUUAUGUCUGUUCUGCACAUGUAUGAGAGUUUUGGCUGGUGGAGAAGGGCGGAUUAUCUGAAGGUGCAUUUUGCAGAGAGCUGGAAUGAAAUGCAUCAUCUGCUUAUCAUGGAAGAAUUGGGGGGAAAUGCUUGGUGGUUCGAUCGCUUUCUUGCUCAACAUAUUGCAAUCUUCUAUUAUUUCAUGACGGUCUUCAUGUAUGUAUUGAGCCCUAGAAUGGCAUAUCACCUUUCUGAAUGUGUGGAGAGCCAUGCAUAUGAAACUUAUGACAAGUUUAUCAAGAGCCAAGGAGACGAGUUGAAAAACUUACCUGCUCCUGAGAUUGCUGUGAGGUACUAUACUGAAGGUGACUUGUAUCUGUUUGAUGAAUUUCAAACUGCCAGAGCUCCAAAGUCUCGGAGGCCUAAAAUAGAGAACUUGUACGACGUGUUUCUGAAUAUCAGAGAUGAUGAAGCAGAACACUGCAAGACAAUGAAGGCCUGCCAGACUCAUGGGAAUCUCCGGUCUCCUCAUUCAUAUCCUGAGGAUGCCUUUGAUGACGAGUCUGGCAGCAUCCUGCCUCAAGCAGAGUGUGAGGGUAUUGUAGAUUGUAUAAAAAAAUCAGUUUCUUCUCAUUAAACAAGACACAGACAAUAUAGCAAGAGAAGACUGAUACAACUGAUUCACCAACAUGGCAAAAGUUGUCUACACUUACACAAGAAUAUAUAUCAGAAUAUAGGUUUUUUUUUUUUUUUUUGGGUUGUUCAAUAAAUGUGUUUCUGAUCUUUUAAUGUCAUGUUCAACUAUGAUAGGCUGUUUAUUGAUGAGCUCCAACUACCUCUUAGUGAAGAGGUUGGAAGUUUCUUAUUUGACAUUAUUGUUCAGAAUCAUUCAUAAAGCAUGAUAUUGCUUUUACUGGAUCCUGCUUGUGGUUUUUAGUCUACCAAUGGGGAAAAGAUAGGAAAAUUUCUUGA